CCAUGACGCCCGCUGUAACCUUGAAAGACUGGAGUUGCAAUUGUGAAAUCUGAAAUAUUCUUCAACGACUGAUAUCUCCUUGACAUAAUCGCGCAUUCUUCUCAACGAUCGCGAAACCAGAACAACAACCCCAACUCCAACACACCCGCCAACCACCCACAAUGGCAACCACCAGCCCACCAGAACCCCUCCAAACAGCCCACGUCCUCGCCGACCUCAGCGACCUCUUCGUAGCAGACCCAGCAGCAGCCCUCCACAUGAUCUCCUGCCUCGCCCCCAUCCCCACCCCCACCGACCGCCGCGCCUCGCGCAGCCUCUCCAUCCCCGACGCGCCCGCCAUCGCGCGCGCAAAAGCCGCUGCGUCGCGACGCUCCGUGUCGGGCUCGACUACUUCUGCAGCGCUGGGGUCGCCGGAGUCUACGAGGAAACCGUUAGCUGGGACACCAGCUUCGCCUGUGGCUUCGAGGAAGGCAUUAGCUGGACCGUCGGGCUCGCGCAGUGGUAGCUGGGGCGCGUUCGCGGCGGAGGAUGGGGAGGAUGAGGAUCCGGAUAUGAGGCGCGCGAGGAUGCUGUUGAGGUGUUUUGACGCGAUGAGGAAGUUGGCGGGAGAGGGGGGUGGCACGGAGGUGUUGGAGGAGGCAAGGAGGCUGGUGGAGGGAGUGGAGGAGAGGUUUGGGCUGAAAGGCGGUAUGUAGGUUGGAGAUUGAGCUGUUG